CGCCCAAAUUAUAUCUUCGUUCGUAAAAGGGGGUUUUUCAGAUUGCAAAUGUCCCUUCUCCGACGGCGAGGACGGCGAUUUGUAGAGGGUCCCUUUGCUUAAUUCCUUCGAUUUUGAAUGAAUCACGAGAGGGGAAUCUUUAUGUAGUCCUACUUGUUGUAGUUGUUGUUGCAAUUUUGAAAUUGUAACAUCCUUGUCAACACUGGAAACAUUGUCCAAACCCUAACGAUUUUGUGGGCAUCUAAGUUCGGUUAGGUGACGAUUCGUGUACACGCGAACACAGGAACACAGGAACGAAGAUGGAGUAUUUCGGGGACUCGGUUUGCUACGAUGCUUCGGUCGGAGAUGAGGUUCUACAGGAGUUGUCCUUUUUUGAUGAAAAUGAAGCUGAAGCUGAAGCUGAAAUAGAAAUUGAGUAUGUAGAUAAGGCUUCUAAUGCUGAUGAUGCUGUUGAUGAGCUGAAUUUUUUUAGCGAUGAACUUAGUAGCUCUGAACAAACGGGUGCUCCACGUGGUAAUGAGAAUACAAUGGAUACAGUAGAGGUCAAUUGUGUUGCUGACAUUUGUGCCAUUGACAUGAAGACUUUUAUCCCAGUUCAAGUUGGAAGAUACGAUUUUCAGAGCUUGGAGGUUGCAUACAUGUUUUAUGCCCAUUUUGCUCGUGCUAAAGGUUUCUGUGUUAGAAGAUAUAACGUAAUAAGAAGUAGGAAGACAAGCGAAAUACUGCAACAGGAAUUUGUUUGCAACAAGAAUGGCAAGAGAGAAGACAGAGGGCUAUCUUCUGAACAACGAAAGCGCACCCCGAGGAGAGACACAAGAUGUGGGUGUAAAGCUAUGUUUCGGGUACAUGUUGAUAUAACAACCACUCGCUGGUAUUGCACCUGGUUUACCAACGAUCAUAAUCAUGACUUAUUUGAUGAUGUUGAUUGCGGAUUGCAAGCUCCACAUAGAAAGCUUAGUUUGAGCGACAUAGUUCAGCUUAAUGGAAUGAAGGAUAUUGGCAUGGGUGUCCCUCACAUGUGGCGUGCUUUUGCAACUCAAUGUGGAGGCUUUGAGAAUGUUCCUUUCACAAAAAGAUCUGUAUAUAACCAAAUUGGGAAGCAAAGACAAAUGCAAAACAGUGAUGCUUCUUCAUCAAUUCAGUUCAUUGGUAAAUUGAGUUCUAAUGAUAGCGAGAUGUAUUGGGAGCGCACAAUAGAUAAUGAUCGAAGACUUCAACAUCUAUUUUGGUGCGAUGGCAUUAGUCGUUUGAGUUACAAGGUUUACGGUGAUGUGCUAGCCUUUGAUGCAACCUAUUCAAAGAAUAAGUAUUUGUUGCCUGUAGUGAUUUUCUCUGGAGUAAACAACCAUAACAGGACAACCAUCUUUGCUACUGCUGUUGUUGCUAAUGAAACGGAAGAAACUUAUGUGUGGCUGUUGGAGCAUUUCCUGAGGGCAAUGGAUGGUAAACAUCCAAAAGCUGUUAUAACAGAUGGUGCAGUAGUGAUGAAAAAUGCAAUUCAAAGGGUGUUUCCUAAUGCACAUCAUAGAUUGUGUGCUUGGCAUCUCCUCUGUAAUGCGAAUACUAAUAUUGGAAACCCGCUGUUUACUCAAGCUUUCAGGUGGUGCAUGUUUGGUGACUAUGACAUAGGGAAAUUUCAAAAAAAAUGGGAUGAAAUGGUUGCAAAGUUUGGAUUGCAAAACAACAAAUGGGUUAAAGGCUUGUAUGAUACUAGGAAGAAGUGGGCCUCGGCUCACUUGCGAGGUAAAUUCUUUGCUGGAUUCCGGACUACCUCUAGAUGUGAGGGGUUGCAUUCUGAACUUGGAAAAUUUGUCCAUUCGCGUCAGAACUUGACUGAUUUCUUAGUACAGUACCACCACUGUUUGAAGCAUAUGCGUUUUAGAGAAGUUUCAGAUGAUUUUCAUUCCAUAGAUGGGAAUCCGGUUCCACAAACUAAGAUGGAAGCGCUUGAGAUGUCAGGUGGGAAACAUUUUACUAAUGCUAUUUACCUGUUGUAUGUCAGUGUUAUUAAACAGGCUACUAUGCUGAAGGUGUUACAAUGCCAUGAGGCAUUAACAUGCACUAUUUAUACUGUUGCGAAGCUAAUUUCAGGGGUUAAGGAGUGGCAUGUUUCAGUUUAUGCAGAACCAAGUGACUACAAAUGUUCAUGUAUGAAAAUGGAGUCACGUGGGUUACCAUGUGAGCAUAUACUUGCUGUUUUACACCAUUUGAAGGUUGAAGAGUUGCCAGGGUGCCUUAUAAUGAAAAGAUGGACAAAAGGUGCAAAGGAUGGUGUGUACAGUGCAAAGGGUGUUGCGGGUCACAUCUGGGACUCACAGAAAAGUGCCCGCUGUGGAGCUCUGAUGGAUUUAUACAGAGUUUUGAGUGAACUAAAUUCGGAUACCCUUGAAGAUUUCAAUAAUGCAAGGAAUAUUGCUAAUCAGCAAAUUGAGUUGGGUCGAGCAAAGAGAUCUUGUCAAAUAGGGGAUGUAUCAAACAACAAAAAUGAUUUUGCUAUGGUAAGGGAUCCUGUGCGUAUCAGGUCAAAGGCGCGUGGUGGAAAGGGUGCAUCGUCUUCGGGAGUGAGAGCCAAACGUGUAUUGAAUUGUUCUUUGUGUAAGCAACCAGGUCAUAACAAGCUUACGUGCACAUUCCUUACAACAGGUGGUGAAUCCUUGGUCCACAUGGGAAGUAGUGAAUCUGAAUAUGACCUGUUUAGUGCAGAAGACCUCAAUGUUGACGAUUGAGGUGUGAAUUGUGUAUGGUGCGUGGACGUUGGACACUGAUGCCUGACAAGAGAAGUUUUGGAGGGAAGAUUGAAGUGUGGGCUGAAAUCUUUGUGUAUGGUACAUGUAUGAUAUUGCAAGGCUGUUUAAUGGUGGCUUGUGCAGACAUGAUGGGUUAUAUAUGUUUAAAUAUUAUUAACUUUGGUUAGAAGUUUAUUUAAUGUUUGUGAUGAUUUAUUGCAAGGCUGUGUAAGAAGUUUAUAUAGUUUUUCUGAUGAUGAUUAGGAUGAGUUAUUGUAUGACGAAUUAUGUCCUCUGAUUAUUUACAACCAGGGUUAAACACCAGUAAUUAGGACACAUGAAUGUGGUUCACAAUUUUAUACGACAAAUUUGUACAUUGCAGACUAAUAA